UUACAUAACGUAUCGGCUAAUUUUGUAACGGAUGUGAGUGAGUCUCUGUUAAGAUUACGCACUGACUAUGCCCUCCUCUUCGGGGCCUUUCACAUUCCUCACAUAGCGCUAAACGGGAAGGGAGGAAAAGAAGGAGGGGAGAAAACGAGAGCAGCGUCAACUAAAUCUGUUCCUAUAUCAUCCAAACACUGUCUAUUGCUCCACUUACACUCAGAGCAGGCGGGAUCGCAGCGUAUGGCACAUCCUUCUGCGGUGGUCUGGGCUCUCAUAGUGCACUGACAAGAGAAAGGUCGGCGUAUUGGGACGCGGCCGAAAUGUAUAACGGUCUACCUCCACACAUGACUGAUACACUUGAAAGAGUUGGUAACUUUUCUUUUAAGUACUGAUUGGUUAAAGUCUUUCAUUCGUUUACUUGUGUCAGAGGCACACUUUUUUUUUUUUUUUUUUUUUUUUUAAAAGUAUCUUGUGAGUAUGAGGCCUGUAUGUCUAAUCGUCCUGCCACGUUUCGAUCUGCUUCUGGAGUCUCGCUCUCAACUGUCAUCAGUCUCGUCUCAUCAUUCAGACGGUCAGGACCUCAUUACUUCGAGCUUUACGUCAUUUGAGACGACCAUAUUUGGUCUUGUAGCUUCAAAAUACGUGCUUUUUAGAGAGUUGCGGACUACAUGGAAUGGCAUCGGCGGUGUUUGAAGGAACCUCCCUGGUCAACAUGUUCGUGAAAGACUGCUGGGUGAACGGCAUUCGCAAGCUGAUCAUAAACCCACGGGGCGAGGAAGAGGAGUUCUUCGACAUACGGACCGAGUGGUCAGAUAGAAACGUCUUGUACCUCCACCGAAGUUAUGCGGAUUUUGGACGACUUUUUAAAAGACUUUUGGAAUGUUUCCCGGAAGACAGGCGAGAUUUGUCAAAGUCACCUUUAAUAGAAGGUCUCAUGAAGAUUAAAGAUGCGAAGGACACCGAGGUCAGGCUGAAUGAAGUGGAGAGGCUUCUGAAGAAUGCCAUCAAUAUGCCUUGGAAGUUUUCCAGGUCAGAGGUCGUCUUAACAUUCUUUGAACGUUCGCCACUAGAUCAAGUGCUGAGGAAUGACAAAAUCCACAAGAUACAGCCAUGCUUCCACAGCCCCAUCAAGAUAUCAGAGAUUAUGAGGUCAAAUGGGUUCUGCCUGGCAAACACAGAGACCAUUGUAUUUGAUGAGAAUCUUCCUCAGGAUAAGGACAGACCAUCCUCUACAGACUCAGCCCAGUAUCUGUAUGACGAGAAUGGGAAAGAGUUUCAGUCUGUGGAACAGGACCUCAGUGAUGAUGACACAGAAGCCUAUGUCACCAACCUGUCCUACUACCACCUAGUACCCUUUGAGACAGACAUCUUGGAGUGAAGAAACAUUUUUUGUGUGCGCAGAUGCUGAUGCUUAAAUCUCCACUCCAACAGUGCUGUUGUACUCCAACAGUACUGUUGCUGGAUGCCUCGUGGCUGCUAAUAGUCCAGGCUGCUUGCUAGCAGUGUUUAUAGAUGGCUUAUAGAGAUGGGGGUGUGGAUAUAGACAAUCCAGUAGGUAGUCAGUACAUAACUGUGACUGUUACUAGGCUGACCUGUGCCUAUGAUGCUGUUCUCACACAUGUGGUUUAGAAAUUCAGUCCAAUUUAAAGAAAGCAUUUCAAGCAAGUGAAAUCACUGUGAUUACUUACUGCAGAGCUGUGCUAACAUUAUAAGCAAAUGAUUGAGUACAUCUCGAAAAAUCUCAAACAUAGUAGCUGUGGCUUUGUGAAAAUGUACAGAAAGUUUAUUCAGAAGAAUUCUGUAUCAACCAUGAUACAAUUCUAUGAUCUGCCAAUAUGAGAUUAAGUAAAAAAAAAUAAUAAUAAAAAAAAUUAAUAAAAAACAGUGUAAAUACUAGGAAACUUAGUUGUUAUGUAAUGUAGUAAUGUAGUUAUGAGAGUGACUAAACCUGGACACUCUGACGUCACCUGAUAGUAUAAAGAGUUAAGUUAUUGGCACAGUGGCAAUGUAGAUAAGAUAAUGAAGGUAACAUGUGAAACAUCUUGACUGUCAUAGCAUGCAAGGGCAGUCAAAAUCAAUUUCCUAAUUCUCAGUCUUGUUCAAUGGGGCUAUACAUUUGGACAGGUAGCACAGACAGUGAGAGGAGCAGAGAUCAAUUUCAGGGCUUUAAUACAAAAAAUACACCAGGUGAACAAUCCAAAACAGCAAAAACAAGUCAAAAACAAGCCUCCCAAAAACCCAGGCAAAAUCUGUGAUCAAAAAACAAAAACUCAGAGGCAAACACAGUCUCAAAUCCAAAAACACGAGAGGUGGGAAAAAAGAAAGGAAGGGACAUACACAGAAAAUAGGGAUAUAGAGAGCUAACAAAUAGGGCUUAGUAAUACCGGCAAAGGAACAAAUUGGACUUAGCAAAGAUGAAACCGAGGGCUUUAUAGAAGCUAAACAAAGUACAGUGUAUUCUGAUUUCUUCUGUUUUUGUGUAUAUCUCAUAAUAAAUUGUUUCAGAAAUUAAAACAAAAUCUAGGAUAAAAACAGGCAACCUGAGUAAACACAAAAUACACUUUUUAAAUUAUAAUGUUAUUUAUUGAAUCAAAAAAAUUAUCCAGUACCAACUGGGCCUGUGUGAAAAUGUAUUUGACCCCAUAGUUCCCCAAAUCUAUUAAACUGCAAUCAUAAUGGGGUUCAGGUGGAUUAGAUGUAACCAGGCCUGAUUAGUGCAAAACCUGUUCAGUCAAAUCAACACUUAAAUAGAUAUUUUUCAACAGCAUGAAGUUGGUUAAAAGGUCUUACCCAGUAGCACACUACGCCAAAGUUGAAAGAAAUUUUUAGAAAUGAUGAGGAACAAGGUGAUUGAAAGACAUCAGUCUGGGAAGGGUUACAAAGCUAUUUCAAAGGCUCUGGGACUCCAAAGAACCACAGUGAGAGACUUUAUUUCCAAAUGGAAAAACUCAGCACAGUAGUGGACCUUCACAGAAGUGUCCGACCUUCCAAAAUUCCUCCAAGGGCACAGUAACGAUUCAUCCAGGAAGAGCCAAGGAUAACAGUAAAAGAACUACAGGCCUCUUUGCAUCAGUAAAGGUCACUGUUCAUGACUCCACUAUCAGAAAAACUAUUUCUUAUGAGACACAAAUACAGAAGAAAUCAGUAAGGGGCAAAUACUUUUUCACAGCAUUGUAUAUGAGCUACAGGUGACAACCUCAGUGGGUAUAAAUGUUGGUAGAGGAUCCUGGGAUUUGGAGUUCCUGGAGGAAUCUGUGGUUAUGACAGUCAUGGUUUUUAAUCAUGAAGUCAAAUACAGGAGCCCUGUUCUAGGACAAAUAGUGAGUAUCAGGAAUUGCAUGAGUAGAUAAGACAAGACAAGAAUGAUGGUGACUUUUCAUUUGUGGAAGCACAGUUUCAUUUAUGAGCCAACCACAAGGUAGAAUUUACCUGUCUGACUUAUUACUUAUACUGUAUAUAGCUAAUGAGACUAACGUUCCUCAGUAUCACAGGGAAAUUGAGGCAUUUCAAGGUUACAGAACUUAUGAUUGCUGAAAUCAGUUGAGACUGCUCAGUACUUAGGGUAGCGAUCUCAAAUCCUACAGUUGAGGUAAUAUAUUUAAAUACACCCUGCAGAAUCUGCAAAAUGUUAAUAAUAAUAAAAAAGAAGGAUCAUAAAAAUUGCAUGUUGUUUUUUAUUUAGUACUGCCCUGAAUAAGCUAUUUCACAUAACAGAUGUUUACAUAUAGUCCACAAGACACAAUAAUGUCAUAUAUCAAGGAAACGCUGGACUUCAGUUCCCAUCAGCCACUGCACUGCACUACAUGUCACAUGACCACCUGCACCUGAUUCACGUUUGUUAAUGAGCACACUUGUGUAUAUAUAGCCAUUGUCUGCACUGUUUCUCUGUCUUUCGUUUGUCUUAGACGUCCGUGUUCCAUGUUACCAUGUUUCUUGAUCUUGUUAGUUUGUUUAGUUUUGCCACAGUAUUAUGCCAAGUUGUCUUAGCGUCUUUGUUUUGUUGUUUGUUUAAUAAACUAUUUAUAACAGAAUUUACACAAAUGAACCAGUUCAAAAGUUUAAUACAUACAGUACAUGUGCUUGAUUCUUAAUGCUGUGUGUUGUAGAGCUGCAACAACUAAUCAAUAAUAAUCGAUUAUGAAAAUCAUUGUCAACGAAUUUCAUUAUCGAUUACUCGGUCUGAGAAUGGCAUGGGGCACAUUUACUCAUUGCAUUACUCAUUGUGUUCCGAAAAAACUUGUGUCCCAAAUGACCUACUAUGCACUUACACUAUGCACUCUACCAUCUAGUGCAGUGGUUUUCAAAGUGGGGGCUGUGGCCCCCUUGGGGGCCGCCAGGGGGCACCCGGGGGGCCUCAACAAUUUGCUCAGAGCCACCAAGCCCAUCCCUCCCACUAGUGUGUUUUCUCUUUCUCACUCUCAGACACCCCCCCCCCCCACACACACACAAUCAAUUCCUAUUGUAAUGUAAAGAUGUAAGAUUUAAUUAUUAAUAAAAAAAGGGGGAUAUAUUCAGAAGUCUGUAUUUUUAAUGUGUUUUAAAGACAUAUUGCUAAAGGGGGGCCUCGGUCAAAUGUUAAUGCCAUUUGGGGGGCCUUUCCCUGGAAAAGUUUGGGAACCCCUGAUCUAGUGUAUGAAUUGUAGAAGGGUAGUAUCAUCUCAAAUGGAACACUAGCAGUUUUUUACUAACCGGGAGUAUAGCUUGUUUCCCUUUCGAUGGCACAUGACGUCAAACGCACGUAAUGCGAUGCCGCUAGCUUUAGCAGAAUACCGAAAAGAAAAAAUCUUCAGUUUACCGUUUAUGUAAACUUUACCUUUCAUGUUCAACAUGACCUCAUUAUGUCAUGUUGUCACCAUCAGAUGGAGGUGUAAUCGUCAAGUGACAGUGGCAAAAAUGUGCGUGACCCAAGUCCUCGAAGGCAGGGGAGCUUUUUAUAUUAAAUGCCACGAAGGAGACUGUAACCUGCAACAUCCAUCCAUCCAUCCAUCCGUCCAUUUUCUAUACCACUUAUCCUACAGGGUCACGGGGAACCUGGAGCCUAUCCCAGGGAGCAUCGGGCACAAGGCAGGGUACACCCUGGACAGGGUACCAAUCCAUCACAGGGCACAACCUGCAACAUAGACAUAUAUAUAGGUCCUGCAUAUUUGGUUUUCAAGCAUAUUUGACCCUUUUCCAAUAGCGGCUACAUGAUGUUGAGAUCCAUCUUUUCAUACUGUGCACAGCUGAGGGACUCGUACACAACUAUUACAAAAGGUGAAACAUUCACUGAUGCUCAAGAAGGCAACACACAACAUUAAGAGCUAAGGGGAUGUAAACAUUUGAACAGGAUGAUCUGUAUAACUAAUUUUGUUUAAAGAUCUUUUUUUUUCUUUUUCAUUUUUGUAAUAGUUGUGUGUGAGGCCUUCAGUUGUGCUCAGUGUGAAAAGACGGAUCUCAACAUCAUAUAGCCGCUAUUGGAAAGGGCUCAAAUAUGCAGAAGAUGCUGGAAAAGUAAAGAAUGUGCAGGACCUGGAGGAUUUUUCUUACGAACAGUGGGAAGUUUAACUGCUCAGGAGAAAUAAAGGAUGCGUUAACAACUAUCACAAAAACUAAAAACAGUCGUUGGUCAUCCAGGUAACAAUGCACAGCGUUAAGAAUCAAGCAUAUAUAAACUUUUGAACUGGUACAUUUGUGUAAAUUCAGUUAUUAUUGUGUCUUGUGGACUACAUGCAAACAUUUGUUAUGUGAAAUAACUUAUUCCGCGCAGUACUGAAAAAAACAAAAUGCAAUUUCUUAUGAUCCCUCUUUUUUAAAAAAAAAAAAAUUAUUAACAUUUUGCAGAUUCUUCAAUGCGUAUGUGAACUUAUGAACUGUACAUAGUGAACCUGAAAUGGAAUAAUAGAAAAAGGGCAUGCAUUUAGCCAUUAGCUUGAAAAUUCUUUCACUUGUUCACCUGUACACUCUGCUCAAACAUAUCAGUUUCCAAAGCCGAGCUAGUUAGAAAUCUCAUUGUCAUAUAGCUUCAAUGCAUUCUGGAACUUUGAGUCCAUCAUUUUCUGUCUCCACUUCUUGUACAUUGGAAUCCUCAUUAAUAUGACAUGGAGCAUUGCUUGGAAAUAGUCAUUGAGAAAAUAAGCUCUUGUUUUAAGAGUUAGCAACAAACCCUGAUCGUUAUCACUUAUGUUUGAGAUUGUUGAAAAUGUUUCUUUAUGCCACUGUAACUGUGCUAGAACUGUGCAUUGAGGCCCCCAUGACAUCAGCAGAACACACAACUACUAUCCUCUCACAGGAAUAACAAAAAUAAAGCCUCAACCAACAAAUUAACAGCAGAAUUGCUAAUCACAUCACAAAUAUUUCUAUAUAAUUAUAUAUCUAUAUAUACAAAUAUUUCUAUAUAUAUUCUAUAUAUAUUUCUAAACAUAUUUAAUGUUUUUCAGGGUGGAGUUUUCCUUACAGUGUUCUUUCAUGUCACAGAAUUAUUAGUUUUGAUUGUCACAGGAUGCAGAUUACAUGGGAAAAUAUUUCACCAGACUCACACUUACUGCCAUGGGUUUGCAACAUGUUUUGGCUAUUCUUGCUUCUUAUUUUUUCUAAUUUUUUUUCACAUAGAAAGAAACCUCUUAUAUUUGUUUUCUUGGUUUAUGUGCUUAGGUAUUUUUUUGGACCCUAGCAGGAACAACCUCAUAUUCUGCAUGUUCACAAGUCAACUUCUAGAAACUAUUUUCCUGCCUUUGUUUUUUUUUCUUUCUUUUUUCUGUAUGCAAGUAUAAGCCUGACACGACUGUUUACAUGCAUGAUCUGGAUAUUCAAUAUUUGCAGUUUGUGUCAAAAUGGAAGCACCAGAUAAAUGGAAAUGAACUGAAAUAUUAAAGGGAUGUGGGAGAGCCAAUCA